GGCUCCACUAGUUACUUCGCAACCUGUGACUUGGGGUGACAAAGCUUAGAGAACUCAGUGGUGCAUUAUGGGAUGAGGAUGAGGACAACUUCAUGAUCUCGUUGGAAGAGGAGCACUUCAAGGGGCAUAUCAAGGUUCACCCUAAAGAUGCCGAGCUAUUGAACUGGCCAAUAGAUAACUACAAGCAGAUGCAGAUCAUAUUUGGCAAUGGACAGGCAACAAGCAAGUUUGCCAUGGGCUCCAGUGAACCUUUGGGCUUCCCUUUAGACUUUGUUGAGAGCUCACUUAAGCCUAACUCUGAUUACAUGAAAGUUGAUGAUGUGGCAAAGCUAUUUGGGGAGGCAGAGGCACCUAAGAAUGAGGAUGGUGCUGCUGCUGCUGGUAGUGGGUUUGGGGGAGGUAACAAGAGAGGGAGAUGCAUGCUUAGUGAGGAGGACAUUAUUGUUAUGACUGGCAUGACUGGUGCAGUGAAGGAGGUUGCAGCUGCUAUUGGUGAGACCAAGGUUGAGGAUUCCCACCCUAAGUUGUAUGAUGUUGUCAUGUUCAUGCCUGGGUUUAGUGAGGAAGCAUUGCUGGCUGCCUAUUCUCACAUGUUGGACAACAAGGCUCAUCUGCAUUGCAUUUGUGAAGAUGACUGAUUCUCACCAUGUAUUGUGGCUGAGGACUUACUUGGCCAAGCAUUACUACAUGUAGAGGGUGAAGGCCUAUUGCUGGUUGAUCCAUCUUUUGUACAGUGAGCUUCUGGUGGCUUAUUUUGUGCAGUGAGCUCCUAGUAGCUUUUGUGCAGUGACCCUGCUGAUCUGAAGCUGGCUCUUUGGUGCAAUGAGCCUUGUUGUGCAGUGAGGAUGAUUCACCGGUGGUGCCUUUUGUGUAUAACAUCUCCU